UACUUGGCUGUUCGCUGUAAACCAGAGCCUUGCUGUGACGAAUAUAUUGUGCGACGCCUGACUGAACGUAGCCGGCUGGCUGCUGUUUUAUGUUGUUUUUUUGUGCAUACUUAGCAUUGAACUGGACUGUUUUCUCGUUUUGUAUUGGUCCCGCCCUUUACGAUGAUCGACUCAGAGAUGGGAACAGAUGGCGCUGGUCCCGCAGAGCCCAGCAGCAAGAGCAAGGAGAUGGAAAAGAAGAAGCGCUCCCGAGUCAAACAGCUGCUGGGGGAUGUGAAGAAGCAGGUGGAGUUCUGGUUUGGAGACGUCAGCCUGCACAAGGACCGCUUUCUGAAAAAACUCAUCGAUGAGUCAGAAGAUGGAUAUGUUGACUUGUCUGUGCUGGCAAGCUUCAAUCGCAUGAAAAAGCUGACUACAGACACCAAGCUGAUUGCGAGGGCGCUGAAAAAUUCAUCUGUAGUUGAGGUUAACUUGGAAGGGGAUAAAGUGCGACGUCAGCUUCCAAUUGGAGAAGUGCCAAAUGAUACAGAAGGCCGCACAGUCUAUGUGGAACUUCUGCCCAAGGACGUGACCCACAGCUGGAUAGAAAGAGUGUUCACAAAAUGUGGGAAUGUGGUAUAUGUUAGCAUCCCCAGAUACAAGUCCUCCGGUGACUCCAAGGGUUUUGCGUUUGUCGAGUUUGAGAAUGAGGAACAAGCGCAGAAAGCCAUAGAGAUGCUGAACAACCCCCCUGAAGAUGCUCCCAGGAAACCAGGGAUUUUCCCAAAGACAAGAAGUAGGAAGACUAUUCCUCUGCCAGCCGACAAUCCACCAUCAGGUGAAGAAGAGGAGAAGAAAAAGAGAAAGAAGAAGAAAAAGAAAGAAGGUGCCACACUGCCAAUGCCUGCCGAAGAAGCCAAAGAGUGGGCGAUGGAAGCAGAGCCAUCAGAGCAAAAGAGGAAGCACUCUGCAGCGGGGGAUGUUGAACCGGAGGCAACCAGCGCCCACAAGACCCCAGGGAAAUUGUCAGAGAAAAAAAGACGCCGGUCACAGACAGUGGAGGGAUCAGACUGUGAAGUUCCAUCUAAGAUGAGAAAAAACAGUCAAAGCGAAGGUGGAGAAAAGGAGAGAGACGUAGCAAAGACUGACGCACCCACCAAAAGCGACACAGAGGAAGGGAAAGAAAACGGAGAUGAUUCAACUCUUAAAUCGAAGAGGAAGAGAAAAAAGAAGCACAAGGAAAAACUGAAAAUCGGCGAGGAAGUCAUCCCACUCCGAGUUCUGUCAAAGAAAGAGUGGCUUAAACUGAAGGAGGAGUACUUGACCCUGCAGAAGCGCAGCAUGGCGUCCCUGAAGAAGUGCAUGAGUAAGAUCGGUCACAAGGAGUACAAGAGUCGGAUGGAGACAGAGAUUGAACCUCAAGAUGGAAACAUAGAAAAGAGUAGCGCAAGUGAAAAAGCAGUGACGCAGGGACCUCAGUUCACCAGUGGGGUCAUCUUGAAAAUCACCGACAGCAAGCCGCUACCAGGGAGAAAGUUCCUCAAAGAUGCCUUGUGCAAAAUCUCACCGGUGGCAUACAUUGACAUCUUGGAGGGAGACGCUGAGGGUCACAUCCGCUUUCACACCCCAGAGGAAGCCAAAGUGGUCAGUGACGCCAGAGCAGAUUUGCAGAAAGAGCACAGCUGGAAACUCGAAAUUCUGUCAGGUGACCACGAACAAAGGUACUGGCAGAAGAUCCUGGUGGACCGCCAGGUCAAAUUGAAUCGUCCGAGAGAAAAGAAGCGGGGUACAGAGAAGCUCAUAUCCAAAGCAGAAAAAAUCAUCAUCGCCCGGGCAAAGGAGGCUAAUAAGCACAUCCGUUUUCAAGAAGACUGACAGCUGCUGAAACUUUUUUUUUUUUUACUGUAGAUUUUACAUGAUGUGAUUCAAAGGGGAUAGUUGUUUUUUAUGUGUAUUCCGUUUCAUAGAGAACUUGAACCACAGUCAAUUAGUCAAAACGUCCCCUUAUUCUCCGUUUGCACUGGAGCUCCCAGGAUUAUGUGGAAUGCUGCUAUGCAUAUUGGCAUUUGGGCUAAAAACAUUUUUUUUUUAAAAGUCAAAAUCAUUUUUUAAAGAGAAAAAAAAUCUGUAUAUGAUGUAAAUAUAACUGAUUUGACAGUUCUUCCAGUCCAGAGUAAUUCAUUAAGAAUUACAUUUGCCUUUUUUUUUUUUUUUUUUAAUAAAAGGUUACUAUUUGAUAAUUACA